AUGGCGCCCGGUGGUGGAGGAAAUAUUAAAGUCGUUGUGCGGUGUAGGCCGUUCAACAGUAGAGAGAUCGAUCGCGGAGCAAAAUGUAUAGUGCAAAUGAAAGAUGCGCAAACGGUCAUCACACCACCAGAAGGACAUGAGGCGAAAUCAAGGGAUGCAAAGGGUGGAAAGGGAGAUUCGGGCCAGAAGGUUUUCGCUUUCGAUCGUUCAUACUGGUCCUUUGACAAAAAUGAUCCGAGUUACGCAGGACAAGACAAUCUCCAUACAGAUCUGGGAAAACCUCUUUUGGAUAAUGCCUUUCAAGGUUACAAUAAUUGUAUCUUCGCAUAUGGUCAAACGGGUUCGGGAAAAUCUUACUCGAUGAUGGGAUAUGGGAAAGACGCUGGUGUCAUUCCAAAGAUUUGUCAAGAUAUGUUUGAGAGGAUAGGGGAAUUACAACAGGACAAGAAUUUGAAAUGCACAGUCGAGGUAUCCUACCUGGAAAUUUACAACGAACGAGUGCGAGAUCUUCUAAACCCAUCGACAAAAGGCAACCUGAAAGUUCGAGAACAUCCUUCGACUGGACCAUAUGUGGAAGACUUGGCGAAAUUGGUUGUGAGUAGUUUUCAAGAAAUUGAAAACCUGAUGGAUGAGGGAAAUAAAGCCCGUACCGUUGCAGCUACGAAUAUGAACGAAACUUCUAGUAGAAGUCAUGCUGUCUUCACUUUGACUUUGACUCAAAAACGAUUGGAUGUUGAAACAAAGAUGGCAAUGGAAAAGGUUGCGAAAAUUAGUUUGGUCGAUUUGGCAGGUUCCGAGCGAGCAAAUUCUACGGGUGCAACUGGAGCUCGAUUGAAAGAAGGUGCGGAGAUUAAUAGAUCUCUAUCGACACUUGGUAGAGUUAUUGCUGCGCUGGCCGACUUAUCAGAAGGAAAGAAGAAGAAAGUGGGAAAGGGGAAUCAAGUCCCUUACCGAGACAGUGUUUUGACAUGGCUUCUGAAGGAUUCUCUGGGAGGAAACAGUAUGACAGCUAUGAUUGCUGCUAUUAGUCCUGCAGAUAUAAAUUUCGAUGAAACUUUAAGUACCUUGCGAUAUGCUGAUAGUGCGAAGAGAAUCAAGAAUCACGCAGUUGUAAACGAGGACGCGAAUGCUCGUAUGAUCCGUGAGUUGAAAGAAGAAUUGGCUCAAUUGCGAGGUAAAUUGACAGGUGGUGGAGGUGGCGGAGGAGGGGCAGGCCCAGCAGAUGAGAUUUAUGCAGAAGGUACACCUUUGGAGAAGCAAAUGGUCACAAUUGUUUCAUCAGAUGGUGCUGUGAAGAAGGUAUCGAAAGCGGAAAUCACCGAACAACUCAAUCAAAGCGAGAAACUCUACUCAGAUCUCAACCAGACUUGGGAACAGAAGUUACAAAAGACUGAAGAGAUUCACAAAGAGCGAGAAGCUGCCUUGGAAGAAUUGGGUAUCAGUAUCGAAAAGGGAUUUGUUGGAUUACAUACACCAAAGAAGAUGCCUCAUCUUGUGAAUUUGUCCGAUGAUCCACUGUUAGCAGAAUGUCUUGUGUACAACCUCAAACCUGGGUCGACUUCGGUUGGAAAUGUCGAUACGAAUGCAGCCCAUGCAGCGGAAAUUCGACUUAAUGGAACUCGUAUAUUACAUGACCAUUGCACUUUUGAGAAUGUCGAUAAUGUGGUUACUCUUAUACCAAAUGAAGGAGCACCAGUGAUGGUCAACGGACAGAGAGUCGAAAAGCCAACUCGCUUGAGAAGUGGUUUCAGAGUUAUUCUUGGCGACUUUCAUAUCUUUAGGUUCAACAAUCCAACCGAGGCUCGAGCGGAACGCGCAGAGCAGAGCCUUCUGCGGCACUCUGUUACUGCUAAUCAACUAGAAACUUUUAAAGAUUGGGACAAAUUCUCGCCCACAUCUACCCCUCGGCCAACCCAUGAUCGAACAUUCAGCAAAGCUAUUUCCGAUCUCGACUUUGAUGGUAGUAGUCGUGCAGACUCUCCAGUGCCUGGGCGGGGUCUUUCUGAUUGGUCAUUAGCUAGACGUGAGGCAGCUGGAGCUAUUUUAGGAACCGAUCAAAAGAUUGCAGGUUUGUCCGAUGAGGAGCUCAAUGUAUUAUUUGAGGAUGUUCAAAGAGCAAGGGCUGAGCGUGCAACUGCAAAUUUAGAGGAUGAUCUAGACUCGGUAACCUCGUAUCCUAUGCGAGAAAAGUAUCUUUCAAACGGUACUUUGGAUAACUUCUCUUUGGACACUGCACUUACCAUGCCAUCAACACCCAAACAAGGAGAAGUCGAAGAUAAAAUGCGUGAAGUUAGAGAAGAAAUGCAAGUCCAGUUAGAGAAGCAAAGAGAAGAAUUCCAGGAACAACUUGAGACAGCUAAAACCUCAAAUGUCGAGGUUGAGGAAAUCAAAAAAGAAAAAGUGAGAAUGGAAGAGACUCUCAGAGAAGUUAAAGAGGAGAUGCUCAAGCAAUUGGAGGUUCAACGAAAAGAAUAUGAAGAGAGAUUACAAGAGUUGUCCCCGGUUAAAUCGGGACCAGAUGGACCACCUCCACUAUCAGAGAGAGAGAUUGUGAUUGCCGAGAAAGUUGCAAAACACUGGCAAGGACGAAGAUAUGUUCAAAUGGCUGAGGCUGUAUUUCGAAAUGCAGCAAUCUUGAAGGAAGCCCAAAUAAUGAGUCAUGAAAUGGAUGAGAAUGUUGUUUUUCAAUUUGCUGUUGUUGACAUAGGGCACGCUUUAUGUUCUUCUUAUGAUAUGGUUCUUAAUGAUAUAGAGGGAGAUGAUUUUCAUCUAGAAGAUGCAACAAAACCUUGCAUCGGCGUACGGGUAAUAGACUUCAGGAAUAAUGUGGCUCAUCUAUGGAGUCUUGAGAAACUUCAGGAUCGUAUCCGGAAGAUGAGGCAAAUGCAUCAAUACCUUGAUCGACCAGAAUACCUUCAACACUUCCGACUCGACAAUCCUUUCAUGGAAACUUGUAUGCCGCAGUAUACACACGUUGGAGAUGUUGAUGUCCCUCUAUCAGCAGUUUUUGAGAGUCGAGUUCAGGACUUUACUCUUGAUGUUCUUUCACCAUUUACGAUGCAUGCUAUUGGUAUCAUCAAGCUCUCAUUGGAACCAUCGUCAGCAAAAGCCCCUUCGAACACCCUGAAGUUUAAUGUUGUUAUGCAUGAAAUGAUAGGAUUUGCUGAGCGGGAAGGGACGGAAGUCCAUGGUCAAUUGUUUAUACCUCCCGCUUCAAAUGAAGGUGGCGUUACAACGACCCAGAUGAUUAAAGAUUUUGAUGAAGGUCCAAUCCGAUUCGAAAGCGUGCAUAGUAUGAGCGUUCCAAUGUUUGGCCCCACAGAUGUUUCUCUUCGUGUGGCCAUCUUUGCCAAAGUUUCAUCAAUGCAUUUGGAUAGACUUUUAAGUUGGGACGAUAUGCGAGACAACAUUCCCCAACCAAAGAAAAAGCGCAAGGGUGCUCGUAUAUCAGAGUCGCAGUUCUAUUCUGAAGAGAAACAUGAUGUGUUUGCUAAAGUUCAAAUACUGGAGUUGGCCGAAAAUGGCGAUUAUCCAGCAGUUGAAGUGAUUCAAACGAGUGAGCUUGACCAAGGAACAUUCCAACUUCAUCAAGGUUUGCAACGUAGAAUUGCUGUUACUUUGACGCAUAAUUCUGGUGAUGCUUUACCUUGGUCGGAUAUCACUGGUUUACGCGUGGGACGAAUUCAACUCGUUGAUCACAUUGGGAAAAGUCCGGAUCUCAGCUCUCCUUCGACCCCUCCCCUUUACCUCAAAUUGCUUUCAAAGCCCAUUGUCAAAGCAAAUGCAAACGGCACCAGCAAUGUUUGUAUCGUUGGAAAAUGGGAUUCGAGUGCUCAUGAAUCUUUACUCCUUGAUCGGGUAACGGCAGACAAAUACAAAGUUCAAAUGUCCCUUUCAUGGGAUGUCAAAUCAGAGAAAUUGUCUCGUCCAAUGACUUUCAAUAUGGAUAUUUGCUCUCAAAUCAUGUCGCGCAAUUAUGUUCGUUCUACAUCAAUGUUCGCAUCAUUAUUCCAAAGUGUACGAAUUGUUCAUUCUAUGACUAGUAUUUACUCUAUCUCUGUUCGUCCAGUGGCCGUAAAAAGAGUGAGUGAUCUGUGGAGAAUGAAUACAUCGGAAGAUUAUGUUAAAGGGGAAGAAGCUCUUACGAACUGGACACCGAGAGGUAUUAGUUUGGUUAAGGAUUUUAUUUCGGCGAGGAGAAAGAGACAAAGACUGGCAGAAAUCGAUGCUGCUCAGCCUUUAUUGAGACGUAUCGCAUCGACACCAGUACCAGUAUCAAUACCCGUUCCUUCAAUUCCACAGGUUAUCGAUCGAGAUCCAGCCGACAUACCACUUCCUAUCAGUCCGCCAGCUACUAAGGAAAGUUUCCCAUCUCCAUUAUCGAUAGAUGAGGUAACCCCAUCAUCUGUUGAUGGAAAUGCUCUAGGUAUACACGGGGACGGUCAAUUCAAUAACGAAAUCACAGAAAAGACCGAUUCUGCCAUCGGCACUGACUCUACCCCUCAUGAUCUAAGUCAAGAACAAGAAAAGUUCCUGAAUCCAUCCGAAUACAACCCACAUCAAACCGCUCUUCUUGAAAAGUUUACUAAAUACUUCCAACUCUGCCGCGAUCCAUCAACAACUAUCCUUACACCAACCAAUAUCGAACCACCUAUCAAUGGUUCACCCGCUCCAUCUCUCCUCCACACAGCCUCUUUCACAUCCUAUACUUCCCGCUCAAACUCACCCCGCCCAUCGAAUUUCUCAAAUUCACUCCACCCAUCCACCGCCAACUCCCGCCAAACAUCUCGAUCUCGUCAAACCUCGCCCGUUCCACACGCUCAUCCUACCCCAUCCAUACCUCAGCAUCUCGCCACUAUUUCUCAGAUCAAAAAGAAUCCUAGUGUGCUCAAAGCGGGAAUGCUUUUAGUUCCUUCAGCGGAUAGUACGAAAUGGAUACGCAGAUUUGUAGAGCUCAGACGACCGUAUCUGCAUGUUCAUGCGGUUGCGGGUCCGAAUAGUGGGGAGGAGGUAAAUGUGGUUGGACUGAGAAAUGCAAGGGUGGAUCAUAGUCCUGAGAUUGCGAAAUUGUUGAGAAAUGAAAGACAGGGUGGGAGCGGGAACGCGAGUAGAAAUGCAAGUCGGAAUAGUAGUCCUGCUGAUCCGGGUGCGGGUGCACAGCAAAGUUGGAGUAAUAACGGCAUAGGAGGCAUUUAUGGGUAUGGAGGCCGAGGAAGGAGCGGAAGUGGAAAGGGCAUGGGAAUUAUGGGCUAUGGGGGGAGAGGAAACGCUAAUGCUGAUGGAAAUGGUAAUGGAGAGAGCAGAAGAGAAAUAGAAGAAACGGUAUUUGCAGUCUACGGAACAAAUAACACGUGGUUAUUUAGAGCGAGGAGCGAGAGGGAAAAGGUAGAGUGGAUUUGGAAAAUUGAUCAGGGCUAUUUCUCUGGAGGUGGUGGCAGAGGUGGCAAUGGGAGUGGAAAUAAUAGUAGAGGGAGGAGAGAUGAUGGGAGUGGAGAUAGUGAUAAUGUAGAUGGAGAGGGAGAUGUCGAUGUGGAUAGAGAGGAUUAUCUGGCGGAUUAA